AAUGGCUACAGGUUUCAGAUAUACAUGACUGCAUAUGUACUGAGUGGCUGGCCGUGUCCACUGCUCGAGAACAUUCUGUCUGGUUGCUAGGAAGUUGCCAUGACCACACUGUUUUGGAGUUGUAGAGUUAGUGCCAGCUUAGCACACAGCUUGGAAGACGACUACUUGGGAAAGCAGUGUGCUGAAGCCACUCCCAGAUGGAGCAAAGGGCUCUGAAGAAACUGGUGGAAUCCAUCAGCAAAACUGUCAAGACCUUCAAGAAGAAUGAAGUUGAAAGUCUCAUACGCCUUUACUAUAGCUUCGUGGAGAAACCCAGUGGAAAGCUCACUAAUGCCAGGAUGGAUUGUAACACAUUUCGCGGGAUCCUGCACAACAUAUUUGGAAUGACUGAUGAUAUGCUGAUGGAUAGGGUGUUCUUUGUGUUUGACAAAGACAGUGAUAACCACAUAAGUGUACAAGAGUGGGUUGAAGGAUUGUCAGUGUUUCUCCGAGGGACUUUUGAAGAAAAGACGAAUUUCUGCUUUGAAGUUUAUUAUUUAAAUGGAGAUGGUUAUAUUUCCCGGGAAAAAAUUUUUGACAUGUUGAAGAACAGUCUCUCGCAGCAGUUCCCUGAAGAAGAGAACGAUGAGGGGAUAAGGGAGCUGGUGGACAUAAGCAUGAAGAAAAUGGAUCAUGACAACGAUGGCAAGAUCUCUUUUGCCGACUUUGAAAAAGCAGUGAAAAAAGACAGGCUUUUGUUGGAGAUCUUUGGGCCAUGUCUGCCAGAUGCAAAGAAUUGCCUUCAUUUUGAAGCCCUGGUAUUCAGAAACAACAUGACUACUAGCUUUUGAACACAAGUUGCUCAAUACCUGAAUUAAAAGUCAGAUCCUGACUGCCUUUAUUUGCA